AAUGACUUCCACCGAGUAUGUUGUGUUUUGGGUCCCUCCUCUUUAUCACUCUGUGCCAGCUGACAGAUGCAAACACGACACAGUAGAGGGUGACUAGGAAGAGCGGCGGAUCACAGAGCACUCUCAAGUCGAUCCUUCAGUGGUUGUGGAGGAUGAAGCUGCUGUUGUUGCUGUGUCAUCUCCUCAUCAUCAGCGGUCAAACGUCAUCCACAUGCCCCCACCACUGCUCCUGUCACGGUGGUCUGGUGGACUGCAGCCACCGCAGCCUGUCCUCCUCAUCUCUCCCCACUAGCUUCCCCUCAGGAACCAAGCAGCUCCGUCUCCACAAGAACCAGCUGAGCACGCUCCCGAAUGGUUUCCUGGACCACCUGCCAGACCUCCAGUCGGUCACGCUGCAUGACAACCCCUGGGUGUGCGACUGUGGGGUCCUCUACCUGCGGGCGUGGCUGCGCCGUCACCCACCCACUCACACAUCCCACGUGGCUGUCAACUGCAGCUCCCCUGCCAGUCUGAGAGGACGGCUGGUGGUCUACCUGACAGAGGAGGAGGUCCUGAGUUCCUGUCACUACUGGUACUGCGACCUGGCUCUGGCCUCCCAGGUCAGCCUGUUGCUGUUCGCGCUGUUGCAGGGGGCGCUGCUGGUCGCUGUCAUCAUCUUCCUGAGGAGGUUUGAGCGGAUGAGCAAGGAGGCGAGGAGGACCAGAGAGGAAAGCCUGACUGCAGGGGAGGGCCACGGUGAGAACGAGUACUCGGCUCUGAAGGACAGCAUCUGAUGAAGAACAAGAUCUUUUCUCACAUGAUUUUAAUUCCGUGCCAACUGUGCCUGUUCUGCAUCAUACUGAAAGUAUUGAUUAACAGCUUUCAUGUCAGUUGCGUCUGUUUUCUAUAGAAUGUCUUUCUAAUUUAAUUUUAGUUUUUGAAGUAGUACGUACAGUACGUAAGUUUGAAGUUAAGAGAUGAAAACAUGUAUGAUAUAAUGUUGUGCUACCACUGUAAUACUUCAUAUACAUGUUGGAUUAAAAAGAAUCAUCAAACGAGAGACAUGAUAUUAAACUGCCU